CAAGCAGUUACGGCUGCCCAGGAUUUGUUCAUCUCGCGCUCUCGCUUUGAAGCUAUGAAGCAAGGUGGACGUUCAUCCACGAUAAUAUCCACAUCAUUGGGUGACUCUCCCAAUGCCUCUGUUCUCCAAGCAAGGGACAUAAAUACAGACAGCUUCACAAGCGAGGCUGCAAUACCUGUACCAGUUACACUGAAUGAAACCAAAGCCAAACUAAACAUAACGGGAAAUGUUCAGAAAAAAAGAAGGACUAUUGAUCCAGCCACCCAUACCGAGCUGCGGUCCAGAUUGGCGGGUUUAGGAGCAGACUAA